AUGUAUGAUGGUAGCGAUGGAAGAUCUAAAUGUGCCAUAUAUUAUAAAUUAUUUCUUCUCGCAUUGAGGCAAAGUUGCAAAAAUGUGCAAGUCCAUGACUAUGAGAGGUCGAACAGAGUUUAUAACUAUAACCUGGAUCUUUGUGUUCCCUUCUAUUUAACAGUUGGAGAUGACGGGAAUAGAAAGAAGAUGUCGAUUACGCAUGUUGAUGAACCAGGUAAAUGUCCCGAACCAUCCAUCACGCUGGAUUAUUUUAUGGGUGGAUUCCGUGCGUGCAAUUUUACAUCGGGUCCAGAAGCUGCUAAGUUUUGUUGGGAUCAACAACCUGAAUAG